AUGGAAGAAGAGAAUCCACGGAAUUCGGAGGAUACAGGAAGGCAUGGGUUUGGAAAUGUAAAUGAUGGUAAACGAAUACCAGAUCUGACAAUCUCAUUUGACCUGGCAAUUGCAAAUACUUACUUUGCCUUUAAGAAGAUCUUGAGAUGGGUGGCCAGGGAAGUGUCAGGAGAAACAUCUGGAAAGCCACACACAAUUAGAGAAGAAAGGUGGUGUAGAGAAGACACUAAAGAUGCACUAAAGAAGAACAGCAACAAAGAAACUUGUUCUGCUUGGGAGCCAAGUAGAACAGGACGAGGUGGAGUACGGAAGAGCAAAGAAGUUAGCAAAGAAAUCAAAGCAGAGGCACGCAGGGACCUGUAUGAAGAGCUGGAAACAUCUGAGGCAGAGAGCAAACUCUACAGGAAAGCAAAGGAUAGGAACAAGGUAUCAAAGGACAUACAUCAUGUAAAGCAGACGAAGGAUUCGAAUGCGUGGGGUCUUGCAGGACCUGUAGCGAGAGCUGAAGUGGUGACAUCACUUAAAAGAAGGAAAACCAAGGCGGCUGGACCAGAAGAGAUCCCGGUGGAGGGAAGGAGGGGCCUAGGGAGAAGUGGGAGUGGAUUUAUUGUGGAACUUAAAGUGGAAGAUAGAAGAACAAGAAUGGACACCAGAGGAGUGAAGAAAGAGUGUGCUGGUGCCAAUCUUCAAGGAGAAAGGGGGUGCUCAAGAGUGCGGGAGCUACCCUGGAAUGAGGUCGGUGUCACACACAUUGAAGAUGCGAGGCUGAGACAGGAGGUGGUGUCCAGAGGUCAUUUGGGAUUCAUGCCUCGAGAGGGAAAAGCAAACCCAGUGUUCAUGUCGAGGAAGAUGGCGGAGAAGUAUAGGGAGAAGCAAAAAGAACUUCACGUGGUAUUUAUAGAUUUGGAGAAGGCAUAUAAGAGCAAACCGAGACAGAAUCUGUGGAGAUGUUUGAGAGAGAGAGGGCAGGGUUCCAGAAAAGUAUAA